AUGGGCAAUUAUUGUUGUUCUAUGACUAAUCCUGUCUCACAAGGGUAAGAAGAGAUAGUGGCUUUGAAAUAAUAAGACAGCCUUAUAAAAUCAAUGGGAGACUCUCUGUAAUUGGCAAACUUUUAAGAAUUGAUAUAAGAUCAUUGUUAAUUGUAUACAUAUUAGGAUGGAGAUAUUAUAUUAUCAUCUCGUCCUACUUCUCCUCGAUAAUAACAUUUGAUUACAUAUUUGGAACCUAAAAUUGUAGUUGAAGAAGAAAUAAAAUUUUAGUAUGAUUGCUUGAAAGGAAUAUUAAGCGCAAGAACAAAUGACUAAAAUCCUGAUUCAUCAUGUAGUUCUAUGAAUUGUAAAGAAAAACCUUAAAAAAAGGUAUAAUUCAGAGAAUGA